AUGGAUAGUGGACAAAUAAAUUAUAUAGUCUUUCUUGAUGUUAGCAAAGCCUUCGACUCCAUAAAUCACGAAGUUCUGAUUGAUAAAAUGCGUAAUUUUAUCGGAGUAACAGGAAAAAAAAAAGCAGAGAAAGAGGCUCGACAACAACAUCAGCAAGAAAAUGAGAAAGAAUUGACAGAUAGACAUAAUUCGGACCAAAAUGAGCUAAAAGUGGAAAGCUGUGGUGACUCCAUGACAAAAUAUAUUCAAGCGCAUAAAUUAGGACGCUCAACUAAGGAUAGAGUCAUAUCAAAAUAA